AUGGGGAAAAGGCCGCCGUACUCCAACGAUAUAGAGGCGGCUCGUUAUCCCCCGCCACCACCGCCUUCUUACCAUAUACCACAAUCAACACAAUGGUUCUCAUGGUUGGUGCCGCUCUUUUUUUUAGCCAAUGUUGUAUUGUUUGUGUAUAGCAUGUAUCUCAAUGAUUGUCCUGGAUACUUGAAUGAAAAUGAUUGUCUUUACUAUCAUUAUUUGGGAAGAUAUUCUUUUCAACCUUUCAGCGAAAACCCUCUCCUCGGCCCUUCUGUUCGCACGCUGAGGGUAAUGGGAGCUCUUGAAAAGGACCUUGUGGUGGGUGAAAAUGAAGCAUGGCGUUUCUUAACUUGCAUGUUUCUUCAUGCAGGAGUUAUACAUUUACUUGCCAAUAUGUUUAGUCUUUUAUUCAUCGGAGUUCGCCUUGAGAACGAAUUUGGAUUUUUUAAAAUUGGAUUACUGUAUAUGUUUUCUGGUUUUGGUGGAAGUUUGCUAUCAGUUUUACAUCUGGGAGAUUCGGCAGCACCAAAUACCAUAUCCGUCGGCGCAUCAGGUGCACUUUUUGGACUUCUGGGAGCCAUGCUUUCUGAGCUUCUAACCAAUUGGACUAUCUAUUUAAACAAGUGUGCUGCUCUUACAAGUCUUCUGCUCAUUAUUGGCUUAAAUUUGGCUGUUGGAUUUCUACCUCAUGUGGACAAUUCAGCUCAUAUAGGAGGAUUCCUUGCAGGAUAUUUCCUUGGUUUCGUUCUUUUAAUACGCCCUCAAUAUGGUUAUGUGAACCGCAAAUAUGUACCUCCAGGAUAUAACGUAAAACGUAAAUCCAAAUAUAAAUGGUAUCAGUACGUCUUUUUGGUUUUGGCACUCAUUAUAUUACUUAUCGGGUAUGCAUAUGGGUUAGCUUUAUUGUACAUAGGAAAACCACCAGAUGUAAUGUUUUCCAUAUCGGGGACUAAUCCAAUUUGA